AUGAGAUUAAAUAUUAAUUUAAGUAAUUUUAAAAAUUUAAUAAAAACAAAUAAGCAUUAUUUAUUUACUUUAAGAAGAGGGCAUAAACCAAUAUAUUUCAUAAAGGUAAAUAUAUCUACAAAUAUAAAUUUAAUAAAAAAAAAGGAACAGUUAAAAUCUAUAUACAAAAAUAAUGAUGAAGAAGAUGCUAAGAGAAAUGAUAAUAAUAUAAAAAAAAACUUUCUUGAAAAAGAAAAAAUAGAAGAAAAAUAUUCCUUAAAUAACCUUGGAAAAAAUAAUGAUAAUGUAAAUGAGAACAAAACUAAUGUUGAUGCUAAACUUGAAGAAAAUAAAAAUGCUAAUAUAAAAGAAUGUGAUAAAUAUAACAAUGAAAAGGAAGAAAAACACUACGAUGAUAAAUGUUUGGAUAAGAAAAUUAUAAAUGAGUUACAUAAUUUAAUAUUAUCAAUUAAAAAAUUAGAUACAGAAAAAAGGAAUCAAAUUAUGAUGUAUAUUAAUACAUUAAACAAAAAAUAUUUAAGAAAUAUUGAAAAAGAAAUAACUAUUUUUUUUGAAAAUUUAGAUAUGUAUAUGACCGCAAAUGGAUUAUUAAUAUGCGAUAUAGGUGGAAAGGAAAUUUUUAACUACAUUGAUAAAAUAAAUAUAUUAAAUGAGAGAUAUGAUGUAAACAAUGAUGGUGAAAAUGAAAAUUGCAAAGACUUUAAUAUUAACAUAAAUAAUUUAUUUGAUAUGAAUUUUAUUAAAGAAAAAAAAAAAAUUAUAUAUGGGGAUAAUAUGUAUCCAAUAGUUCAGAAUAGAGACAUAAAUAAAAAUAAUGAAAUAAAUAAAAGAAAAGAAAAUGAAGAACAAUUGAGGAAAAAAGAAAAAGUGAAUGAAGAAAUAAAUGAUGAUUGUAAUAUUGUAAAUAUAAGAAGACAAAUGCUAAUAGAAAGAUCUUCAUAUAAAAAAGCCAUUGAAGAAGCAGAAGAAUUUGUUUCUAAUUUACAUGAUUUAAAAAAAAUAACAGAAAUACAAGGAUUAUGUAAAAUAUAUUUGAAUUGGGUUAAUGAAUUAGAAAAAAAAAUUGUUAAUUAUAAAGAAAAACAGCAAAAAAAUAAAAAAUCUUUUUUUCCUGAAUUAAUAGAAGAAAAAUUAUUAGCCAUCAUAACGGUAAAAUGGGCAAUUCAAUACACAUUUAAUCCUUUAAAAAAAAAAUAUUCUAAUAACGUUAUAACCCAAUCAAAAAACUUUGAACAAGCAUAUGCUUAUCAAUCUUUAUUCACCCAUAUAGCUAUAAAAAUUGGGGAGGAAAUUAAUAACGAACUGAAUUUUCAAUUAUUAGAAAAAAAUAAUUUGUUAUACAAUUUCAUAAAAAAAAAUAAAGGCAAUGUUUCUUUUUCUCAUUUUCAAAAAUAUAGAAUGCUAAAUAAAAUAAAAGAAAAAAUAAAGAAAAGUAAAAUGAUGGAAAAUAAGAGCAAGUUUGAAACAGAUAGUGAUAAAAAUAAAAUUGAAGUAGAUAACAAAGGCAAAGUAGACCUAAAAAAUGAAGAGAAUUUAUUUUUAAAUAAUAAUUUUGAUUUAAUUCAAUGGAAUUCUGUUAAAAAGGCAUCAAUUGGUGGUUUGCUAUUAAAAAUGUUAAUAGACAAUGCAAAAAUUGAUGUUGAUAUAAAUACAGCCAAAGAAGAAUAUAAAAAGGAAUACAAGUAUUAUUUAUUUUUACAUAAAAUGGCUAAAAAUAAAGGAGAAAUAUUACAUUCAGAUUGCAAAUAUAAAAAGGAAUUGAACUAUCAAAAAUAUUAUGAAGAAGAAUCAAACUCCUUAAAGUUUAUGAUUGUUGAUAGAAAUAAAAAGGGAGAUAUAAUAAAAUCAUUGAAAAAAGAUUAUAAUGAAAAUAAUAAAAUAAUAAAUUCAGAAAAAGAUAAAGUUAAAAAAGAUAAUGAUAUUUUAAUAUUAAACAAUGGGGAAUAUAGAAAAAACGGUGAAAUAGAUGGAACUAUUAGAGUUGAUACAUAUGAUGUAAAUAAUACUAAUUAUAUACAAAAUAUAAAAAGAUUAAAUAAUAUUAAUAAUAUAAAUGAUUCAGAAAAUGCAAAUAACGAUAUAGAAAAAGAGAUAAUACAUUCAAAAGAUAAAAAUAAAAAAACCAAGAAAUCAAAAGAGAAUAAUUUUUGCAAAAAACAGAAAGAAAAAUUAAAAAAUAAAGAAGUAAUAUUAUAUAGAUCAAAAAAAGAUAAAAGUAAAAUAGAAUUACCUGUAUUUAUCCAUUCAUAUAUAUGGAAGAAUAACAAUUGGUAUGGGGUCAUACAUAUGAGAGAAUGCUGUGCUAAUUUUUUAUUAAAUAAUGCGAUUAAUUCUCAUAUUCCCUUAAAUUAUUUGCCUAUGAUAUGUAAGCCUAAAAGGUGGACAGAUUCAGAAGGAGGAAUGUUAUUAUUAAAAAAUAAUUUUAUAAGAUGUAAUAUUAAACCUUUAUUUAAUAUAAAUGUUUGUAAUUUGACAAGAAUAAAAAAUAUUGUAUCAGAGAUAGGUAAUGUAAAAUGGAAGAUAAAUAAGGAAAUAUUACACUAUAUUGAAUAUGCAUAUUUAAAUGGAAUAACAAUAGGAAAAAUACCUCUGAAUAAAAAUUAUAGUUUACCUAAUAGUAUUGAUUUAAAAAUACAUAAUAAUGAAGAAAUAAGAAAAUAUUAUUUAUUAAAGGAAGAAAUAAAUAGAUUAAAUAAAUGUUUAAUAAGUGAAAGGCCAACUUUUUUACAAAAAUUAGCAGUGGCAAAAACAUUAAAAGAUAAUGAAAUGAUAUAUUUUCCUCAUAAUAUAGAUUUUAGAGGAAGAAUGUAUCCUUUAUCUCCUCAUUUGCAUCACAUGAGUGAUGAUAUAUGUAGAAGUUUAAUUGUUUUUUAUGAUGAAAAAGAAAUAGGAGAAAAAGGAUUAUUUUGGUUAAAAGUUCAUUUAGCAAAUAAUUUUGGUAAGGAUAAAUUAAAUUUUGAGAAAAGAAUUCAAUGGGUUGAUGAAAAUAUAGAAAAAAUUAAGAAAUUAAGUGAAAAUCCAUUUGAAAAUAGAGAAUUCUGGAGUUUAGCAGAUAACCCUUGGCAGGCACUAGCAGUUUCUAUUGAUCUGACGAAAGCAUUGCAGUGUUCCGAUUCUUCUAAAUAUAAAAGCAAUAUUCCUGUUCAGCAAGAUGGAACAUGUAAUGGAUUACAGCAUUAUGCAGCUUUAGGAAGGGAUAGAGAUGGAGGAAAAGCUGUGAACAUUAUUCCAUGUGAUGAACCACAAGAUAUUUACUCUGUUGUUUUAGAUAUUGUUAUAAAUAAGAUUAAAAAUGACUUAAACAAGAAUAUAUAUGCUGGUUAUUGUUUUAAAUUUGAUUUAUUAAAAAGAAAAGUUGUUAAACAAACUAUAAUGACUAUAUGCUAUGGAGUUACAUCAAUAGGUGCGAAGAAUCAAGUUAAAGGGAAAAUUCAGACUAUGAUAGGGAAAGAUUUAGAUAAAAAUAUAAUUAAUAAAUUAUCUCAAUACAUUGCAAAUUAUAUAUUCGAAUCAAUAAGUGAAAUAUUUAAAAGAGCAAUGAUUAUCAAAAAAUGGUUUAAUAACCUAUCAAAAGUGACGAAUGAAUUAAAUAUUCCUAUUACUUGGCUUUCACCAAUAGGCUUACCUUGUGAACAACCUUAUAGAUUAGGAAAUCGAAUUUUAGUAAAUACUCCUUUACAAACAGUUAGUGUAAUAUCGUAUAAAAAUAGUUUAUUGCAUAAAAAUAAGCAAAGAUUAGGUUUUCCACCAAACUUUGUUCAUUCGUUAGAUGCCUCUCAUUUAAUGAUGACAGCUGAAAAAAUGUUAAUUGAAAAUAAUUUUAGUUUUGCUGCUGUACAUGAUUCUUAUUGGGCGCAUGCAUGUAAUGUAGAUAUUAUGAAUAAGUUUAUUAGAGAUUCUUUUGUAACAUUAUAUGAUGAUCCUAUAUUAGAAAAUAUUUAUCAAAACUUUAAAAUCCGAUUAGGAAAAUUUGCAACAAAAAUAUCUCCUCCCCCUGGGCAAGGAGAAUUAGAUAUAUCAUUAGUUAGAGAUAGUCUUUACUUUUUUAGUUAA